GAAGACAAUCGGCGGUUAUUUCGUAAAGAUGAGUUGGUUCCCAGAUGAGGAUGGGAUACGGCAAACGUUGGAUUUGCUACAUAAUUCCCAAUCAACUGACACAAACGUUCAAAGGGUCGUGCAUGAGAAAUUGAAUGAGUUGAACAAUGUUCCUGAUUUUAACAAAUACCUAGCUUAUAUCUUGACAAAUGCAGGUUCGGAAAGUGACAGCACGCGUUCUCUUAGUGGACUUAUUCUGAAAAAUAAUCUGAAAAGUCACUUUAAGAGAUGCCCUCCUGAACUUAUUAGCUACAUCAAGGAUGGGUGUUUACGGUGCAUCAGUGAUAGUUCACCUAUGAUCAGAUCAAUUGUCGGAAUUCUUAUUACCACUAUUGUAACUAGUGACGGUAUACAAAAUUGGCCAGAGUUGCUUCCAAAGUUGGUGGAAUGUAUUGAUUCUCAUGAUAUUAAUUUUAUGGAGGGUGCUUUUGGUGCGAUCGAGAAAAUAUGCGAAGAUUCUUCAUCUCAACUGGAAACCGAUCGUAUUGGUUGUCCUAUAGGACUGCUUAUUCCAAAAUUCUUACAAUACUCUAGACAUGACAGUCCAAAAAUCAGGUCUCAUGCUCUUGCAUGCAUCAACCACUUCAUACAUAGCCAAUCUCAGGUUCUCCUACACUUUGUUAACGAGUUUCUGGAGUGUUUGUUCGCUUUAGCCGAAGAUGAAGAUCCAAAUGUCCGACGACAUGUUUGCUCUGCAUUUGUACAGCUUCUGGAAGCUCACUUGGAUAAAUUACUUCCAAAUUUACCUGACAUCAUUGAGUUUAUGCUUCUUCGCACUCAAGAAAACGAUGAAAAUAUUUCAAGAGAGGCAUGUGAAUUUUGGCUCUCGCUUUCAGAACAACCUGUGUGCCACCAAGCCCUGUCGCCAUAUAUCGGGCGACUUAUCCCAGUCUUAGUUUGUGGAAUGAAGUAUUCAGAAAGUGAUAUGGUGUUACUUCGAAAUGAUUUAGAAGAAGAUGCUCAUCUGCCUGACAAGGAAUGCGAUAUUCGCCCACGGUUUCAUAAGACAAAAAAUAAACUUUUCUCUCCAGAGGAUGAUGACGAAGAUGAAGACGACGAUUACGUUUCCAACUGGACUCUCAGGAAAUGUUCUGCUGCUGCCCUUGAUGUGUUGGCUAGUGUGUUCCACACAGAUUUUUUACCUAUUUUGUUGCCAAUCACAAAAGAACUUCUGUUUUCUCCUCAGUGGGAACUUAAGGAGUCUGGUAUUUUGGUUCUUGGUGCUAUUGCAGAAGGUUGUAUGAAGGGCAUGAUUCCAUACCUUCCAGAGUUAUGUCCGUUCCUGAUUGGUUGUCUAUCGGAUGACAGGCCUCUCAUACGUAGUAUAACUUGUUGGACAUUAAGCCGUUAUUCUCAUUGGAUCGUUGGACAACCUCAUGAACAAUACUUCAAGCCUUUAAUGGUUGAGCUCCUCAAAAGAAUUUUGGAUUGUAACAAACGUGUUCAGGAGGCAGCCUGUUCUGCUUUCGCUACUCUAGAAGAAGAAGCAUGUACAGAUCUCGUCCCAUAUCUGGACCUCAUCCUACGAACUCUUGUGUACGCGCUUAAACAAUAUCAACACAAAAACUUGUUUAUUUUGUAUGAUGCUAUAGGUACACUUGCAGAUUCUGUUGGUCAUCAUCUCAAUCGACCGGAUUUCAUAGAGAUGCUUAUGCCACCGCUUUUUGAAAAGUGGAACGUUUUACGAGAUGACGAGAAAGACUUAUUCCCCCUUCUGGAGUGCCUUUCUAGCAUGGCUACUGCCCUAGGAACAGGUUUCCUACCCUACUGCUCUCCUGUGUUUAGUCGAUGUGUUAAUUUAAUUGAUAGAACAAUACAACUCAGUAAGCUACAUGCUCAACAACCAGAUGUAUAUGAACCACCAGACAAAGACUUUAUGGUGAUUUCUCUGGAUCUCCUAAGUGGGCUUAUGGAAGGUCUUGGGUCUCAGAUGGAACAUUUAGUAUCAAGUAGCCCCCUGGUAAAGUUACUAUGUGAAGCAGCUCAAGACGCUCAACCCGACGUCCGCCAGAGUAGUUUUGCUCUCUUGGGUGAUUUAACAAAAGCAUGCUUUGCGCACAUCCAACCUCAGAUUGGUCAGUUUAUGACAAUUUUGGCUAAUAACCUCAGUUCGGAGCAUAUAUCUGUUAGUAACAAUGCUAUUUGGGCAAUCGGAGAAAUUUGUAUUCAAUUGGGUGAAGGGAUGGCACCGUUUGCUUCUUUGUUCAUUCAUCCCUUGAUAGAAAUUAUCAAUCGUCAAAGCACACCUAAGACACUCCACGAAAAUACUGCGAUAACAAUUGGACGUCUUGGUUUUGUUUGUCCUGGUGAAUUGGCUCCUCAUCUAAGCACUUUCAUUCGUCAGUGGUGUCUGUUUUUGCGCAAUAUAAGGGACAAUGAAGAAAAAGACAGUGCAUUUCGUGGUAUUUGUAAUUUGAUUACGCUCAAUCCUGCCGGUGUCUUGCAUGAUUUCCUUUUCUUUUGUGACGCUGUAGCUUCUUGGAAUAAUCCUAAAGACGAUUUAAAAGAGAGAUUUAAUGCUGUAAGUGUAUCCUUCCGCUACUUGAUAUGUAACGCAUCUUCAAGAAAUUCAUCUGUUACUACAUGGUUUAUUUUAAAAAAAACUAAUUUUAAGGUUUUUUCGCUUUACACUUAUGUGUGUUUGCUAUUCUACCACACAGAGGUGGUCAGAAUUACUAAUCAAAAAGCUAAUAUUAACUUCAAAGAUGUUUACAAUUUAUAUUGCUUCUAAAUUGAUAUGUAAAUAAGUGGUCUGACAAAAACUUACUGACUUUCAGUCAAUAUAGUUGUAAACCUAGCGAAAUAAAGUUUGUUUGAAGCAUUUUACAUAUUCCAGUUUACUUAACAUUAUGCUAAAUGUAGGGCUGAAUGAUCAAACUGGUCGAAACCAUGGGAAGAAAAUUAGUCUACUCGUAAUAGUCUUAGUGACCUGGAAGAGUUGCUUCAGAGCCCAACAGUCAAUGUUUUGGGGUUGGUCAAAUCGAGGUUUUUGUGGGUAGUUUACAAGAAAUUAAUUCCGUGCUUCGAAAGUUUUGUAGUAAACGAGGACUGAGAUGGUGAAUGCCUCCUUAAAAUAUGAGAACCAUACGUUAAAUACUUUAUUUGUAAAACUUCCAUCAAUUGUCCUUCACAUUCUGUAUGAUUCUUCGACUUCAAAAUCCCUCUCUAUUUCCCUUUCUGCUUUCUUCAACUCUAUCUUAGCUUUCUGCUUCCAGUUUUUCCACUUCCGAUUAUGUCGACAGACGUAAGUAGCAUACACCCAAGUCUUACCAACGGCAAUGGAAGUCUGUGGAACAAGGUGAGAUGUAUAUUUUUAGGACCAACCUCCAAACGCUUUCCUUCGUCUCGAGAAGACAGCAUCACUACAGGUGUUAAUCUUCUGUGGAAGACACCUUCCUUCAUACAUCUGUUUUACCAACAUUACGACUCUGCCAUUAGAUUAUAAGUUGCUGCUUUUAUUCGUAUCCCUCUCCAACCAACUUGCCUUAUAUGUUAGGACAUUAUGGAACAAGUCAGUCAGUAACAACGUAGAACUUCGUACGUACGUACAUCAGUUCGAGUUGCCACACCACAUUAGCACAGAGAUGAUUCAAAUCCCGUAGUGGUAGAGGUAAUAAGAGUAUAAGCAGUAAUCGGGAAGAUUAGGGUUUGGAGAUGUUAUUUAAAGAGUAUAAUCCAGUGAAAUAAAUUUGGAAAGAGGAAAAAAGGGACAUGAAGAAUUCAGAAGAUUAGAAUUUGGGAGAACACAAAGAGUGAAUGCACCUGCGCCAUUGCAAACGAUUUUGAGCCAUGUCAUUCAGGGUCUCUAACCAUCGGUUGCUAUCAUCUCGCGGUCCCCAACCAGGUAGUCUACACCUACCAACAUGACUCAGUCCACUUGUCAGUGACUUCAUGGACUUGUGCCAUGUUUUGGUUUGGACGCCCCUAGCUUUCUUCCAACCUACUCCUAUACCACUGAACAUAGCACGUCGAGGUAGUCGGUGGUUUGGCAUACGUAACACGUGUCCCAGCCAUCUGAACUGAUGAAGUUUCACUACUUCAUCAAUUGAUUUGCCAACCUUACCUAGUACCCGUUUCCCAACAACUGUGUUACUUACUCGAUGGUCCCAUGAUAUACGAGCAAUGUUUCGAAGACACCUGUGAUGGAACAACUGUCCUAGUCAAUAUAUUUCGGUUGGGUCAUCGCGACAUACAAGACCGACCGCUACCAUAAGGUAGCAGCUAAAGUCGGGACAAUUAAUUAUCAAAAACGUUGAUCAUUUCAUUAAUCCCUACACGGUUGUUUUCAUCACUAUCAUGUGGAAACAUUCGUUUAAUUUCAUUGAAUCGCUUACAUUUGUGUGAUGACUGGAAAAUGUUCUUGUGUUUUGUUUUCUUUAUUCAACUAUCAGAUUUUACAUGGAUUCAAAGUUCAGGUUGGAGAAGAUGAUUGGAGUAAAUUCUGGAGUCAGUGUCCUCCAAUGCUUCGUGAACGGUUAUCUCUUCAGUACAAUCUUUGAAAUUUUUUAAUUUUUGAGUAAUGCAUGGUUUGGUCCUAAUUUUUGUUCGCGCCUACCCACUUUUACGUCGAUUCAAUGUUUUUACAAUUGGCCUUCGCGUUUUUUCCUCGAGUAUGGUUAACUAUCUUACAUCUGGCAUCCAGUGUUUUGAUCAACCAAGUUAACUGAUUCAUGUAAUGCGAUGAAAUUAAAAGAACGAAUAUCGCUUUAAUAAUUCUCCAGUCUGUAUGUUUCACCGUUGGUUCAAUCACUGCCGUAUAUAACGCCAUCCGUUGGAAAUAUCGCUGUCAGUUCUCCGUUUUCCUUAUUUUUCACUUGCACAUGUUUUUCUGAGUUUUUUUUUAGAUAUUUGACAUGUUUUUUUGGUAUGUCAAAGAGUGUUUGAACACAACAUUUUUUAUCUUUUAUUUUAAGGUAUUUCUAUAGUUUUCUCUACUGAACUAGCCUUUUAAUUUCAAAUAGUUCCAUGUCUACUUAUCUUCUAUUUUUUUUGUCUUAUGAUUCUUUUUUUUACUUCUGAGAGUACUAGUUUGGGUGUUCAUAUAGGGCUAAGACUCGGGGAUAAUUAGGUUUAGUUGGGAUAGGGGAUUAAGGGUUAUAUUAGUCAAGUAGAUUAACAAUUAAGACUUUCCUUUGGGUAUUAAUAAAAAAAUUAAGGGAAUCAGGGAUUAGGGCACAUUCAUUCUCCCAACCGGCAUCUGGUUCGGAGUUAUCAUCUCUACUAAAUAUAAAUAGUAGAAUUAAGGAAAAAACAUUUACACAUCUUAUACUGUUGUAUUUCUUUCAAUUUUGUAUUCAACUUAGUGUUGUGUUGUACUUUAUUCUUUUGUACAUGUCGAUACCAUUUACUUUGUGAUCUUCAUUGUCGUAUACCGCUUAUAAUAACAGUAUUGUACAUUUUAAAUUUUUCCACGUUUUUAUGAUAUCGGUUCAUCUAAGAUUGUGUCAAAAACUAAGUGUUUCAUCAAUCAAAUAUCGUGAGUCACGUAUCUUUUAAUUUUUCAAACGGUUUUAAAUCUUGUGUUGUUUAUAUGGUAAAGUGGUUAUUCAAUCUAGAUAGGGAUGAAAUAAACAGAUGAAUUUUUUUAGU